AAUAAAAUAUUAGAAAAAUGAAUUGCGAAAACCCAGGUGAGUGUGGCAAUUAAAAUAUAUUAGACACAAUUAUAAAUUUUUUUUUUUUAAAUAUUCUUAACAAAACAAUAGACAAUGAGUGACGUGACCAGUAAGACCAGUUGGUGUUCGGAGAAAGAAGAAAAUGGGGAAGCAGCCAGUGAGGAUGAAAGCGGGGAUGUCUACGCCCGCUCGCCCUACCCACAGAAGAUAAUGAGCGGCUUCUGGAAGGAUCUGCCGGGGAAGAUCCACACCACAAGGUCCCCGAGAACUGGAUUAGUGCCACGCUCCUCCUCGCUCCUACACCUACACGUACGUGUGUUUUCUGAUCUCAUAUUUCUUCUUUUAGCUCUUAGGAUAUCCUGAAUUUGUUAUUAUGAUAUCAACGUCUCUUUGGCUUGUAAUUUCAAUUUUUGGUUGCUUGAAUGAUCCUUGCCAAAGGAGGUAAAGCUUGAAUAAUGGAAGUUUAGGGAUGCUUAACUGAAUACUAGAAUACUAGAAAUAUGUAUCAAAAGAAUGAAUUCCAGUAACUGUUUUCUUAAUUGAUUGGUUUCCCCUCACAACCUUGAUGGCUGGCUUCUAUUGUUUUUAUUUUGCUUUCAUGGUAUACUUCUGCUAUGAGUAGAUGUUAUGAUGCUGACCAAAGUCCUGUUGUUCUGAGUGGAAUUAACUCGGUUUUCUUAAGUAAAGUCUCGAGUUUGAGUCUUGUGAAUGGAGAAAUAGGUGCCGGGAGAGUUUGCCCCAAAUGGGAUCUGAUGCGGCUUGAUUCUGGAUUAAUCCGACCCAACAUCGGGAGGUUAGUAAAAAAAAAACAAAAAAAUGUUACGAUGCUGAGUGAUUGCAAAAUAAUUUUUGUGCUACCGGAACCGGUGGAAAGGGCUUUAUAUUCUCUAAUAAUAGUAUGUUUGGUUUGAAGGGAGGGGAGGGGUGAAAAUUCCUCUAUUUGGUUAGUAAAAAAUUUGGAAGGGA